AUGGACGAUUAUCCACAGCUGGAAACAAUGGAAACCAACGAUAUUCCUGUAUCUACAAUAGAAACAGAAGUUCCACUCGAUGAUCAACUUACAGCUAGCAGAGAUGUUUACAUACAAACUAUUUUAACUGCAAACAGACUCGAUGAUGAAUCGCAAAAUUAUCGAGAAUACAAACAGACUAUAGAUAUUGGCAUACAAACAAUAUCUACAGAUAUUGUCUUGGAUGUUAAUGUAACGAACGAGCGUGAACAGGCAACAAAUCAAAGAGGCAAUGCCAGGAAUAAUCCAACACAUCCGGUAGAUGGGACAGCUGAAAAUGUCAAUCAAGAAGUAACACGUGGUGGAAGACAAACAGGAAGAUCAGCAGCAAAUCCGAAUACUGACAGAAAUCGAUCUAAUCAACGAAAUAGACAUAAUACAAAAAAAAUUAAUAAAGAAAAUCUUAAAAGUGAUGGAAAAGAUCCAAGUCCUAUUCUAGGAUAUGCAGAAGAACCUUUAUUACCACUUGCACAAGCAUGUGCUCCAUUAAAUGAUAUCUUUCAUAAUUUAUCAUUCUAUGUUGACGUAGCAUUAAAAGAAACUCCUGAACAACCGCCCGAUGGAUUAACAGUUAAUGAAAGUGCUGCAAUUCGUCUUUAUACAAU